AUGGACUUGUCUCAGUUAUCAAACCAGCUUGGGCCAGUGCCAGAAAGGUUUCCAGAUUGCUGUUUGGGAAUAUCCAGCACAUUGAUCGCCCAUCUGAUCUCAAUCCUUCCCAGGAGCCCCCAUUUCACCAUCUCAAUCGGCAGCGGCUCAGGUCUCCUCGAAGGCCUCCUCACAUAUUCCAAUCAAAAUGUGUCAGUCCAGGGAGUGGAAGUGACUUCAACAAUCAACCGGUACAUCGCCGAGGAAAACAUGAACGUCGUUGGUGGAGGGUGGGGCCUCUAUCCCAGCGCUCAACAAGCCAAGGCGUGGAUGUUCGUCUACCCACGCGACCCCAAGUUAAUCACCAAAUAUAUUGAUUCAUACGGCGAUAAAGCCGUUCAAAUGAUCGUAUGGCUGGGGCCGAGGGUAGACUGGCCCGAUUAUGAACCCUGCUUUAGCAACUCUACUUUCUCUGAUUUGAGCGUUUUGGAUGAUAUUGGAUUGACGCCUUAUGAAAUUGCGGUUGUUGCUCGAAGAGCGUCUUGA